AACAAAUAGCCACGAAAAGCACAAAGAUGACCCAAGCCUGGGCCCACGUACUGUCCCUGGGCGGAGCGGGGGGCCCAGAGUCGGGUCUGGCCAGGGACAGUUACCGAGGGCCCCUCAGGCCCAGCGGGGCCUGCCGGCGGAAUCGGUUCCCUUCUGUUUUAGACAUUUUCUCUCUUGCAUUUAAAGACACGAGGCUGAGAAACGGUCCUUAGGCCAAAGGGGCUCGGACCAGCCUUGUAGGGUUGCCUAGAGCCCUGCCAGGGUUUAGUUCUUAAUCAAAGUCACAGCCAGGAUAUUAGAGUAGGACUUGAACCCAGAUCCUCUCAGCUCCCAGGACAAUUCUCUAUUACACCAACACUUCAUGGUAACUAACAAGAGUAGAAUGGCUGGAUUCCUUUUGUGUGAACCAACAACACUUUACAACAUCCUGAAUCAGGAGGCAAAGUAUUCUAGAUUAGCAGAGCCCAACUAUCUCUACUUACUAGAUGUCCGAACCAAGCGAGAGUAUGAUGAAAGUCACAUCAUCACAGCUCAGAGGAUGAAACAGAAUGGAAGUGAAUAUAUUAUUCCAGAAUCAAUGGAUCUGGAGUGUGUGAAAUACUGCAUUGUGUAUGAUGGAACCACUGACUCCUUGGAUGUGAAGUUUGAACUCACUCUCAGAGAGAUGACUGAAAGCGAAGAGGAUGAAGACAAUGUUGUUUUGGGGGCUGCCAUCGAGGGUGCCAAGGUCUUGGCAGAGCACACGCGCCACCCUGUCUACAUCCUGAAUGGGGGCUACGAGCGGUUCUCGGCUUGCUACCAUUUCUUCAGGACCCAGAAGAUUUUCUCAAUGCCUCAGGAAUUGGAUGCAUUUAAGCCAUAUCCUAUAGAGAUAGUGCCUGGGGAAGUCUAUCUGGGAACUUCUGAACAGGCUUGCAGUUCUCAAAUUCAUAAACAUCUGAAAGUCAAAGCUCAUGUCAAUGUCUGCUUUGAAACAACACCCUUCUUUCAGGGAGAUAAGAAUAAACUUCUUCACAUAGAAGUGACGGACUCCCCUGAAGAGGAUCUUUUCUCUCACUUCCGGCAUACCUCUCACUUCAUGGAUGCCCAUGUUAGCAAUGGCUCGGUCAUCCUCGUUUUCUCUACUCUGGGAAUAAGUCGAGGUUCUACCAUGAUUUUGGCUUAUCUCAUGCAUCGGAAUAGAGAAUCCUUAAGGAGAUCCUGGAUUCACGUGCAGAAUUGUAAAAACAACAUUCGACCUAACAGAGGCUUUGUGAAGCAGUUGGUGGAAUGGGAGAAAGUGAUCCAUGGAGCUCCUGUCACCGACAUUUCGGAUCCUCUUUACUGACCCUUCCCCAAAGCUUCCCAGAAAAACAAAGCCUUCUAUUUCUUCACUUCA